UGAUGGAUGUCAUUUAUGAAAGUAUUCUUGUAACUAAAAUUGUAUGAAUGUAAUCCUUCAUACACAUUAUCAGAUGAUUAGACAAUUUGCAAACUUUUUGGAUUAAAUUAGCGUUUUAAGAAACAAUCUGUGAUAGAAUGGCUUAACUUUUGAUAUCAACCUUCAAAGAUUUAAGAUAAUGCUCAACAAAUUGCUUAAUUUGUUAAGAAUGUCGGGAUCCGUAAAAAAAUAAUUGUUAUCAUGUUUGUCAAGAAUAAAUUAUAUAUUCACUAGAGCCAGAGGUAAAAGAGUAGGAAGGAGAAGAAGUAGGAAUAAAUGAUGAUGAGGAAUAGGAAGAAAAAGAAGAAGGAGUGGAAGAAAAUGCUGAAGAGAUGGAUGAGACUUUUAAUAAUGAAUGUAUGGCUUAUUGCUUACAAUGUACUGAUUUGCACUCAUGUUUAAAAUGCAAUGUUAAUCUUAAAUUAGAAAAUAAAUAUUGCUCACCAAUUUUGUGGUGAUGGUGUUAUCAUUUAAGGAUACGAGGAUUGUAAAGAUGGAAAUAAUAUCCUUAUGAUGGAUGUUAUUUAUGUUAAUAUUAAUGUUCAUUUGGAUGCAUAACUUGUGGAAAAGGAAACGUGUGCACAAAAUGUGAUAGCUUGACUAUUUUAAAUAGUGAGACUGCUAAAUGUGAAAAAGACAAUAUUAAAAAUAAUAAUAAAUUUACUGAGGAGGAAAAUUAAAAUUCAAUUAUUGAUGUAGGAGUAGAAAAUUCUUUUUUAAUUGAUAAUUUAUGUGGUGAUGGUAUUCUAAAUGAUAAAUACGAAUUUUGUGAUGUUGGAAAUAAUGUUGGGGAUGAUGGAUGUUCAAGUAUAUGCUUAAUUGAGGAAAACUGGAACUGUGAAAUUUAAUUCCUUCAAGAGCAUAUGCUUUUAUAAAACACAGCUUGUUUUAACAUACAUAAAUCAUACAAACCCUUACCAAUACGUGGAAUUAUCUUUUAUUAAUUAAGUAAAAGCCAUUUCAACUAUUAUCUACACCAAAAUAUUAAGUUUAAUUAAAUUUCAUUACUCAAUAGUUGA